GUGUUGCUGGACUGUGUCUCGAGUGACGAGCGUAGGCCGCUGAGCAGCGUCGUCCUGGUUGCUGUGGAGCCGGCUCGCGUGGCCGCACGCCCUGCCCGCCUCCUGUCAUGGGCAGCGCCGAGAGCGCCGACGCCCGAAGGGUGUCUUUCGAGAUGGAUGAGGAGGAGCGGGUCCGGGUGCUGCAGGGCAUCCGGCUGUCUGAAAGUGUUGUGAACCGCAUGAAGGAUUGCAGCCAGCCUUCAGCAGGGGAGCAAUCGGCUCCUGGUCUUGGUCCUGCACCCUCCUCUCCUGUGCCCAUUGUUCCUGAACCAACCAUCCCUGUGUCUACUGCCCCUACACCUACCACUUCUGUGCCUACUACUCUUUCACCCUCUGUAUGUGGUCCCCCAGAAGGCACUUAUAAAGCUCCGCAGACAGACUUUAAAGUGUUCAGUGCAGAGAGUGGUGGUGGUGGUCUGCAGUCCUCAGCAGUGAAGGAGGAUCUCAGGAAGUUCCAACAGCAGCAGGCAGCAGUCCAGGAUGAGCUGGUGAAGGUAGCAAAAAAGGAGAAAGAGGCAGUUGAGAAGCAUUUGAAGGCAUCCCUGCCCAAGAAGAAGGCCAGCCCCACCCAUGAGCAGCAGCAGUCAGCUCGACUAGCCAGGGAACUGGAGAACAGAGAGGCCGAGCUCAGCCGCCGUGACACCUUCUACAAGGAGCAGCAGGGGCGCAUCCAGGAGAAGAAUGCUGAGCUGUAUAAACUGUCUUCCCAACAAUUCCAUGAGGCGGCUUCCAAAGCAGAGAGCACAAUAAAGCCCCGCAGAGUGGAGCCUGUGUGCUCUGGCCUACAAGCCCAGAUUCUCCGCUGCUACCGUGACCAUCUGCAUGAGGUGCUUCUGUGCUCAGACCUGGUCAAGGCAUACCAGCACUGUGUAAGCAGUGCCCGCAAGGGCUGAGGAGCAGCAUCUUUCCUGGAGCCUUGAAGAAGGGAUGGAUCAUGGGACCACAGACCAUGCCCCCAUGCCCUGCAGUCUCUAACUGAGCACCCAUAUAUACGCCUCUGAGUAUGGGGCUGCCAUGCUCAAGAAACAGUAUGUGCUACUGAUUGAAAAAAAAUAAAGCAGAUGUCUUUGUUUGCAGUCAUUCACUCA